ACUUGUCGCGAUCUGAUGAAAAUCCAAAUCGAUCUGAAAAUCCCCCAAAUUCGCUCCAGCUCGUCGCUCCUCCGCCGUCUGUCAGCCACAGCAACCGCCUCUGGUCGUCUCCUCGCCGCCAACCGCGCGCCUCCUCGCCGCCAACAGCAGGAACGCCGUCCGUCAGCAGCAGCGCCGCCGCCGACGCAUUUCGCCUCGCCACCGGCGACAUUGACGAGGCGGAGGCCGGGAACUGGAUCACUAUUGUACAGGGUAUCAAAUUCCGAAGGUGAAGAUGUACAAUCCUUGGACUGGAUAACAAGAUUAAAAAUUGCAAUUGGGACUGCAGAAGCUUUGUCAUACUUAAACCAUGAAUGCUAUCCUCCCCUUAUUCACAGGAACAUGGUAUGAUGAAGAGCAGAUGAAGGAUAUGGAUGAAGCACAUUUUAUCGCAUUGCAUAAUCCGGACUAUUUUUCAACAGAUAUUGGAUAUGCAACUUCACAGGAUUAGACAGUUCAUCUGCGUUGCUCAAGUUGUUGAGGCUUCAGGAGGUGGUCACCCGGUGUUGUCUAUUUGGUGUACAUUCCUUGAAGAAAGUCUUUAUCUACUGGCAGCAAUGGUUUUGAACAUGAUAUUGUGGAAUCUGGUAUUCGUUUUUGAGGUUCAGACAGACAUGAAUAGAUAUUUUUUUCCAGAAUUGGGUUUGUUUAUUUCUUGCAUAUUGCAACAUCUAUCAUAUCACCAAUUGGCUUGAAAUUGGUUAUAAGAUUGAAGAUGCUAGCAGGCUGUUAAAACAUAUAAGUGAAGGUAACUCCUAAUAUAUUUUUUCAGUGAUAAUACCUGUAACAAGUAUUGGAAAGAUGGUUAGCUGACUUAUUUUUAUGUUUUGAAUUUCAGGGUUAUAAUGUAUAUACAACAGGGAUAGAGAGAUGGAGCAAUCAAGUGUUAUUUAAGGUGAUUGUGAUGAAAGUGAUUGUUAGCUUGUUGGUAGCAGAAAUUAAAUACGGAGUAGUUAAAAGUGUAGGAAAUU